AUGAAAAUGUUCUCCAAAAAUAGUCCCAUGUCCUUGAUACCAAUGCUUGGCUCCUCGUUGAUCUCCUUCGACUCCCAGUCGAAAUCAAUCAUGUCGAACAACAUGUCAAUCUUGGAGUCCACCAUGUCGAACAUUCCUUCUUCCGCCUUAGUCUGGGUAUUCUGGAACUCCUUUUGUGACUGCAGUCUGAUCAGCAACGAAGAAGACCGGAAUCUCGCAAUUAUAGGAUCGGUGGAGUAG